AUGGCUCUCGUUCCUCUAUUAUCUUAUCCCCUCCCAUUCCCCACCCCGCCCCCUUUCGCACCAGAGAUGUACGUGGUCAUCUCGUACACGCAGAGGGACUUCAACACGGCUCUCCUCCCCUCUCUCCGUCCUCUGAUAUCUUAUCCCCCUCUCACCUCCACCCCCUCCGCCCUCCAUUCCCCCCGAUCAGAUGUACGUGAGAUCAUCUCGUACACGCAGAAGGACUUCAACACGGCUCUCCUCCCCUCUCUCCUUUCUCUACCUGCUUACCCCCCCACAUCCCCACCCACAACCUUCCCUAUCAGAGAU